CUUCAGUCCAGUUCAAUUCUCGAAAAACCGAGGACUGGAAUUACGCCCAUUAACUUCACUCUGAGCCAAUCAGAGCAUCAUGACGUCACUGUAAGAUACCAUCGAAGAGGUCGCCUGGAAGUGUCAUCAAUAGAGCGGAAGUAAACAGACAGCUAAAUGGUGUAACGGAUCAAGGGAGCUCCUUGAGCGAGACAGCAAGCAGUCCGUAAACAGUAACAGUAAAUAAAUACAUUGUCUUUUUUGAAACGUUCCUAUAUAUACAGAGACUCGCCUUAUCCCGACCUGUUCGAAAGUGAAUGAUAAUAACUAGGCUACAUAUCCUGUCUAGCUAACGUAGCUACAAUGGCUAACGUCAAUGGCGUUAACCAGACAUUUCAUUCACAGCUUAGUUCCGUUGUCGACAAAUUGGCAAUCACGGCUGUGAAAGAAAUUUCAAAACUUGUAGAUGAUGGAUUUGCGAUACUGCAUGUGGAAAUUUCACGAAGCCACAAAGAAAACGAAGCACUAAAAUGCAAAAUACAGACGAUGGAGCUUCAGAUGGCGCGAGGAUUUGUGGAGGAGACAGGAAUGCUCGCCAAGUGUCGUUGCGAACAUAGUCCAGUUAAAGCCACAAAUGGCGUCUUUGCAGAAUGUAUGGACGUGCCAGAGAUGGACGCGGGAUACCCCUCGAGGCACGAGAACACUCACACACAAUCUACUGACAUGAGAGCAGAGUGUGCAGACACGGAGGAGGGAAGGACUGAAUGGGUUCUUAUAAAGGAGGAGAGAGUGGAAGAGGACAGAGACCCACAGGGAGAGAUGAACUCCAGGGAGGAGAGAGCUGUGGAGUGGAGGGCAGGCAGCAGGGAAAAGCGUCCCGUUCAGGAAACGCAGAAUAAAGCAGCGAAUCACACAGAGGAGCUCACUGAGCAGCACAGGACCGGACGCGGUGUUUGGGAGGUCAGUGGACUGGAAUCUGCACUUAAAACAGAGCCAGAGACAGAGAGUGCCAAGACCCUUCAGCACACAGGAUGUGAGCAGAGCACAGGAAGACUCCACAGUUCAUGUCCUGAGUACUUAACGUGUGAGAGAACUCGUCAACUGAGGACUUUCUGUACACAGGGGGCUGGAGAAACAGAGGCUGAUGUUCCCUCCUGCUCUUAUGCUACAGAAAGCAGCUCUGAGAGCCUGUCCAUUCACUCAGGGCUGCAGUCACUUCCUCCCCCAGGGAAAGGUGCUGGCAGUAAUCUGUCAUUGGGGCCUCUUGAUGUGAAACCAGAGGCUGUAAUGAUCGAUUCACUGUCUGAAGAAGAGGCUGAGAUGCACUCUGCAUGGAAUGAAGAGACUAUUUCAGAAAAUAUUCCAGCACAACACAGGUAUUACAGACAGGAGAGACCAUUUAGCUGCCAACAGUGUGGAAAGAGCUUUGUUCAUUUAUCUCAACUGAAAAUUCACAAGAGAGUCCACACAGGAGAGAAACCAUACAGGUGCACACUGUGUCCACAGAAAUUUUCACAUUCAGGUAGCCUUAAUAGACAUUACAGAGUUCACACAGGAGAGCGGCCAUUUAGAUGCACAUAUUGUGGUAAGUCUUUUUCUCAGUCGGGUCAUCUUACAAAACACAAAAGGCUUCACAGUGGAGAGAGACCUUUCCGAUGCACAUAUUGUGGUAAGUGUUUUUCUGAGUCGGGUAAUCUUAGACAGCAUCACAGUGUUCACAGAGGAGAGAGACCAUUGAGAUGUCAUUUGAAGUCUAUUUCAAAACAAACAUUUUAAAAUCACCAACAGAAAGACCACACACCUGUGCUGAGUGCAAGAGAAGUUUCUUUAGCAAGGAUGAAUCAAGUGAGUGAGUAAUUGGCAAUGUCUUUUCAUCCAUGACACACAUGUAUACCAUGGAUUAUUUGAUGUUUGUUAUUAAAAAAAUAAAUGUUUUACUUUGUUACUAAGCAUCUGAAAUGUAAUUUAAAACUAUUGGUUCCCAAUCCCCAUUGCAUUCUUCAAUUAACACUUCUCAGGACAAGUAUUUCUUUUUGCAGAAUAAUUGUCUGAAAAUUAUAUUUUUCAAUCAAACAAUAAACUUGAUGUACAUUCUCAA